GGGGCCGGGAACAAAGAGACCGCGGGGAGCCCGGCGGCCCCCUCCAGCACCCGUGGUGCCGGGCCCGGAGCCGGCUCAGCUCAUGGCCGCUGCUUGCUCGUGGCGCUGGGCCCUGGCGGCUGCGCGGGGCCAGGUCUUUGGAUCCCGCCAUGGGGGGGGGGAGGGUCAGCGGAAGUCGGUCGUCGGUCAGAACCGGGAGCGACAGGCAGGGAAAGGGCGGCCGGAGGCCCCUCCCCGCCGUGGAGGUGCAGCUCUUCUCUGACCAGCGACCCGGGCUGGCUCCGAGCCUGGCUCAGCUUUUGCCAGAACUCGGGAUGAAGUUGCCAGCUCCCCGCACCUGUUUGCCGAGGGGUCACUCAGAUUCGGGGCUGCGUGUGGACCUUAGAAACGUGCCUGCAAGUUUGUUUUUAAAUGCAGUUGUGCCUUCACGUGCGUGCCGGUCUGUUCUGGUGGCAGCUUUGUACAGCAGCACAGAGACGAGUGAAAGAAAAUGGACUCGCUGCGGAUUUAUCGUGAUGCUGAUGGGACAACGCAAACUCCGAAUAUUGCGCUGAUCCAGCUUAUUCACUCAUCUCCUAAUAAAAUACUAAUGCAGGCACUGGUUCUAGAAGCCUACAGAAAACUGGCCAAGGAAUAUCAUCCUGACAAGAAUCCAAAUGCAGGGGACAAAUUCAAAGAAAUAAGCUUUGCCUAUGAAGUUUUAUCGAAUCCAGAGAAACGCGAGUUGUAUGACCGGUAUGGAGAACAGGGGCUUCGAGAAGGUAGUGGCGGAAGUGGUGGAAUGGACGAUAUUUUCUCCCACAUUUUUGGUGGUGGAUUGUUCAAUUUCAUGGGUGGUCAGAGUAGAAGUCGCAAUGGCAGAAGAAGAGGAGAAGAUAUGAUGCAUCCACUUAAAGUAUCUUUAGAAGAUCUAUAUAAUGGAAAGACAACUAAACUACAGCUUAGCAAGAAUGUCCUUUGUAGUGCAUGUAAUGGCCAGGGUGGAAAGUCUGGAGCUGUUCAGAAGUGUAGUGCUUGUCGGGGUAGAGGUGUACGUAUCAUGAUCAGACAACUGGCUCCUGGAAUGUCUGUGUGCUCUGAUUGCAAUGGAGAAGGUGAAGUAAUUAAUGAAAAAGAUCGUUGUAAAAAAUGUGAAGGAAAGAAGGUGAUCAAAGAAGUAAAGAUACUUGAAGUUCAUGUAGAUAAAGGCAUGAAACAUGGACAGAGAAUUACAUUUAGUGGAGAAGCAGAUCAGGCCCCAGGUGUAGAACCAGGAGACAUUGUCCUUCUGCUCCAAGAAAAGGAGAAUGAGGUGUUCCAGAGAGAUGGCAAUGACUUGCAUAUGACCCACAAGAUCGGACUUGUUGAAGCACUAUGUGGAUUUCAGUUCACGUUUAAGCACCUUGAUGGACGUCAGAUUGUGGUAAAAUAUCCUCCUGGAAAAGUAAUUGAACCAGGGUGUGUUCGGGUAGUUAGGGGUGAAGGAAUGCCACAAUAUCGCAAUCCUUUUGAAAAAGGAGAUCUUUAUAUAAAGUUUGAUGUGCAAUUUCCUGAAAAUAACUGGAUUAGCCCAGAAAAGCUUUCAGAACUUGAAGAUCUUCUGCCAGCUAGACCAGAAUUUCCUAAUGUAAUUGGAGACACAGAAGAAGUAGAUCUUCAGGAAUUUGAUACCACUCGUGGGUCAGGUGGUGGCCAGAGACGUGAAGCAUACAAUGAUAGUUCUGAUGAAGAAAGCAGCCAUCAUGGACCUGGGGUACAGUGUGCCCACCAGUAAACGUUUGUCUAAAAAGUUGCACAAGGAUUUUCUUUCAAAUUUUGCCUGACUUGCUUUCAGCAAUCCAGACGGAUUGUAUAAGUAAUCCAGAUGAACCAAUGGACAUCUCUUGCUGUAUGUGUAACUUUUAAAUUGGUCUAUAGUAUCUACAGAGUGUAAUUUAAACUAACCACAACACUUACAUCUUCAUUUUGACUGGGUAGCAGAAUAAAGCACUUGAAAGGAAGACGAGACUCCUUUUCACAUGGGUUUUAAGUUUGUCCUUGUAUCUGUGCUUGAUUUUUACCAGUUUUGUGUAGAUUUUUAAGUUUCUUAUUUUAAAUUCAAAUUCACCAUUGUAAAGUUUGUGUACAAGUUGUCCUGAGGCUUGGUAUUUGGCUGCACCUGCAUAAGCUGCUACAAGUAGAAUAAAGAAUUUCAUAGCCUGUAUCUAUCAUUUAGAUGCAUGGUAAAUGGGCUUUGCACAUAAUGGGUUUAGAGCUGACUGGGAACAAUGGAAGACUAAAUUAGAAGUGGUUGUAAGUUUGUUUGGGGUUUGGUUUUGUUUUUUUUUUUACCAUCUUGUGAACAGUUCUGAAACUAAAUAAAAACAGUUGGUGUAUAAUAUAUAUUUCCUUA